CGGGCCCCGCGGCGGCUCCGCUAUGGCCUCCACCGCCCGGCGUGACGCGCCCGAGCCGCCCGACUUCGGUAUCCUGAAGAGGCUGGCGCGGGACCAGCUCAUCUACUUGCUGGAGCAGCUGCCAGGCAGGAAGGACCUGUUCAUCGAGCCCGACCUGAUGAGCCCCCUGGACCGCAUCGCCAACGUCUCCGUCCUGAAGCAGCACGAGGUGGACAAGCUGUACAGGGUGGAGAACCGGCCGGCCCCCAGCACCAGCGAUCAGCUCUGCUUCCUCGUGCGGCCGCGGGUCAGGACGAUGAGGUACAUUGCAGACAUUGUCAAUGCUGACAAGAUGUCAGGGAGGAGCCGGAAAUACAAGAUCAUCUUCAGCCCCCAGAAGUUCUAUGCUUGUGAGAUGGUGUUAGAGGAAGAGGGAGUCUUUGGCGAUGUCACCUGUGAUGAGUGGUCCUUCUACUUGCUUCCCCUGGAUGAAGAUAUCAUCAGUAUGGAGCUGCCUGAGUUCUUCCGGGACUAUUUCUUGGAGGGAGAUCACCGCUGGAUCAACUCCGUUGCUCGAGCCCUGCAGCUGCUGAACUCCCUGUAUGGGCCAUUCAGCAGGGCCUAUGGGAUUGGGAGGUGUGCCAAGAUGAGCUAUGAGCUGUGGCGAGACCUGGAGGAGGAGAGCGAGAGUGAGGGGCAGGGCAGAAAGCCAGAGAUUGGGAACAUCUUCCUUAUGGACAGAGACACAGACUACGUCACAGCGCUGUGCUCGCAGGUGGUGUACGAGGGGCUGGUGGACGACACCUUCCGUAUCAAGUGUGGGAGUGUGGAUUUUGGGCCAGAAGUCACCUCUUCUGACAAGAGCAUUAAGGUGCUGCUCAAUGCCCAGGACAAAAUCUUCAGCCAGAUUCGGAACGAACACUUCUCCAGUGUGUUUGGCUUCCUGAGCCAGAAGUCACGCAACCUGCAGGCGCAGUAUGAUCGCCGCCAGGGCAUGGACAUCAAGCAGAUGAAGAACUUUGUCUCCCAGGAACUGAAGGGACUGAAACAAGAGCAUCGCCUGUUGAGUCUGCAUAUAGGUGCCUGUGAGUCCAUCAUGAAAAAGAAAACCAAGCAGGACUUCCAGGAGAUGAUCAAGGUUGAACACGCUCUACUGGAGGGUUUUGACAUCCGGGAGAGCACCAGCUUCAUCGAGGAGCACAUUGACCGGCAGGUGUCCCCUAUUGAGAGCUUGCGCCUGAUGUGCCUGCUGUCCAUCACGGAGAAUGGUCUCAUCCCCAAGGACUACCGUUCCCUGAAGACCCAGUACCUGCAGAGCUACGGGCCUGAGCACUUGCUGACCUUCCACAACCUCAAGCGCAUCGGAUUGCUGACUGAGCAGACAGCUGGAGAGACCCUGACAGCAGUGGAGAGCAGAGUCAGCAAGCUGGUGACAGACCGAGCGGCAGGAAAAAUCACAGAUGCAUUUAAUUCCUUGGCCAAGAAGAGCAACUUUCGAGCCAUAAGCAAGAAGUUGAGCUUGAUCCCGCGGGUGGACGGUGAGUACAACCUGAAAAUGCCUCCGGACAUGGCGUACGUUUUCAGCGGGGCCUACACACCCCUGAGCUGCAAGAUCAUCGAGCAGGUGCUGGAGCGCCGAGGCUGGCAGGGUUUGGAGGAGGUGGUGCGGCUGCUGAACGGCAACGAGUUCGCGAUGGCCGACAGUGCGCUGGAGGAGGGCGCGGGCGGGGACGCGCAGCGCGUCGUGCUGGCGCUCUUCCUGGGGGGCUGCACCUUCUCCGAGAUCGCCGCUCUCCGCUUCCUGGGCAAGGAGCGAGGUAGGACGGGGCACUACGGGGGGGACGGCGCGGCCCCGAGGGCGCCGAGCACGAGGCGCUGUGCCGUCCCCAGGCUGCAGGUUCAUCUUUCUGACCACCGCCAUUACCAGCAGCGCCCGCAUGAUGGAGGCCAUGGCCGAGGCCAAGGCGUGAGGCCGGGCGGGGGGCGGCGCUGGCGGCUGCGGGGCGCCCCGUUCUGCUCAAUAAACGCCGCCGCGCCGUUGGGGCGGCAUUCAAAGCCGAGCGACGCGUACGUUUCCAGGUCACGUGAUCCGUGUUAAAGUCCGCGCGUGCGCAGCGGUGCCCAGAGCGGCCUGGCGUAGCCGUUCUCGCUUGCGAUUGGUAGAAACCCCGAAGGCGUUUCGCCGCCAUUGGCUGGCGCCCGGCUUGGGGCGGGACC